CAUAUUGUGAUAUCCUGAACAAUGAUGUGCCAGUUAUCGUUUUCAACUAAUUAAUACGCCCUACAACGUCCAUUGGAGAUAUUGAUUCUUGAAGUUUGGCGACUGGGGCUAUGAUUCUAUAAUAGACAACGUGACAUUUUACAACAGUCUCGGGAACUGAUGUCCAGGUAAAAUAUGUAUACGUAGAAAUAUCUUAUAUUGCUACUGGAAGUGAAGCGCAAGCAGAUAGAACUAUGAUAUGGUUGUAUUCUAGCCUAUUUGCCUUGGGUUUAAACACAACAAGAUACGAACAAUUACAAAUCUAGGAGAGUAACUGGAGACGAGCCAUGGGAGUGACAGGCUCCACCAAAUCAGAUGGACAAGCUCUUUUGCCUAAAGGGGACGCGAAGGAGAGUAUCAAGAAGAAGUUUAUUAUCUCCGCGAUGGUCAUAUCAAACUUUAUUGCAUGGACAGGUUUAUCGUUGAUGGCCCCAUUUUUUCCAAUCGAGGCAAAAAAGAAAGGAUUGGGGGAAACCCUCAUAGGGUUAAUCUACAGUAGCUCAGAAUUAGUGAUCUUCUUGGUGUCCCCGCUAAUAGGAAUGUUGAUAUCUACAGCCAGUCCACGUUUCUUCUACAUUACCGGCAUAUUGAUAAUUGGUUCGACAACGAUUCUCUUUGGGACUUUGGACAUGUCUUCGCCUGGCCUUCCCUUCAUCGUUACCUGCUUUGCUGUCAGGAUGAUCGAAGCAACGGGAGUAUCUUCAUUGAUAUCUUCAUCCUUCCUGAUAGCAAGCCAAAACUAUCCAGAUAACUUAGGGUCGAUAUAUGGUAUUUUGGAGACGGCGGUUGGCUUGGGCUUUAUGGCAGGGCCUGCGAUAGGCGGUGGAUUGUAUCAGAUAGGAGGAUUCGGUCUUCCUUUCUGGGUUCUUGGUGGCUGCACAUUUGCUUGCGGUGUAGUAUCGUGGAUUCUGCUGCCAUCAAAACACUAUGGGCAGCAAUGCAGUGACUCUGAAUGCCCAUCUAGAUGGACCAUCUUUAGAAGUCCAUGGGUCUUGUUUGGAAGCUUUGUCACCAUGUGUGCUUAUACUGCGGCCUUAAUUUGGAUGCCUGUGCUAUCGCUGCACUUAAAGGAGUUUAAUCUAAGCCAGGUUGUAAUCGGCCUACUGUACACAAUCCCUCCAGGGAUGUACGCCAUCACAACGCCCCUGUGGGGGUAUCUUAUUGACGGGAAGGUGCCACCCACAUUCUUGAUAAUAGUAGGUCUUAUUCUUACUUCGAUCUGUUGCCUUGUUUUUGGACCAGCCCCGUUUCUGCCAUUUUUGCCGCAUGACAUGGUGACAUGCAUUGUGACGUUAGUGUUGAUGGGCUUGUGCUUCGCUCCAGUGGCCGUCAGUUCCAUCAAGUGCCUGGUUGAAGGAGCAAGGAGCCUUGGUUUCGAUGUGAAUGGAGCUAACUUUGGAAUUGUAGGAGGAGUCGUACAAUCCUCGGUUUGCUUAGGCACGCUACUUGGUCCACUGUUUGGAGGUUUGCUCACCGAACGUUUCGGCUUUGCCUGGAUGAUGGUAGCAGCAGCUAUCAUUGCCUUGUUUCCGUUAAUAUUUUUUGGUCCUUUCCUGUUGUACGCUGCGUCUGUCAAGUAUAAAUCGACGGAUGACAAAAAGAAGUAUGAUAAAUUGAAUGGAGUGAUUAACAACAACAUUGCUAUGACAACUUAUCAAUGACCAGAGAAUUAUCAUCUGCGACAAUAUUGCAUGACAGCGAGAUCCGUACAUAACGGUCAAUCGAAUUUACCUUUGAAUUCACCAAGAUUAUGAACUGUGAACAUUGGUGUGUCAGAGCCGAAAGCAGGACACGUUUGCAAGCUGCGUUCGUUUGGACCUUCCUCACAUAUACUGUUUCAUGUUGUGUACUUCGCAGUACAUGAAUCACCAUUAAUGUCAUUGUUUGAGAUGAUGUUCAUCCAGACGUAAGGUGACCGGAUCUACAUAAUCCACCAUAUAACGACACACUAUUAAUCGUCUAAGCGCCUUGGUCAAGGACGAUAUUAUGCAACUUUACACGAUAAAAAAAGAUAACCUGUGUCACUCCAUACGAUGGAAUUAUAAUCAAUUAGCCCGUAGUUAUAGGGGUGAAAAGCAAAGAAUACCCAUUGCAUUGUGCACAAAGCCAUCACGGGCUCAUGUGUACUUUACCUCCGUAUUUGCAGUAAUCGUUUGCAAGUAACUUAACUAAGGAACAAUUCAGUGUAAUCGAGAGUGAAACAAUAGUUGCUUUUUUUCUUUCUCUUGUGGUGUUUCGUUAUCAAAAUCAUGUGGUAACACCAUGUAAGAAAGGUCAUGCGUGGUACACCUCGAGCUCAUACGUAUGUCAUCAAUCCAAAGGGGUCAUUUAUGGUAUAUUAUUGCCAAAUCCUGGGAUAGGUGUAAAUAAAGUUUACUUUAAUGACAA